GCGUGCGCGCGGGAGGCGCGCGGCGGAGCGGCCGUGACGAUGGCGGCCCCCGGGCGGGCGCGGAAGCUGGUCCGGCGCUACCGGCUGGCGGUGGCCACGGCCCUCGCCAUUCUCCUGCUGCAGGGACUCGUCCUCUGGACCUCCGCCGGCCUCGACGAGGAGGGACCGGCCGAGGAGCGGCAGAAAAAAGCCAAGUUGCCUGAGAGCAGUGACGGCUCCAAGGACUCAGACAGCUCUGCCGGGCGCCGGGGCAGCGCCAGCCGGAAGCACGGGCGAUGGCGGGGACGGCCGGACAGCCCCGGGGCACUGGUGUCCAAGGUGGUGAGAGCCGUCACGGCGAGGCACAAACCGGGACGGAGGCUGCCGGCCGCGCCGGACUCAUCCAGCCAGAGGAACCUGACGGAGCUGCGCGGGGAGGCCCAGCUGGGCGUCUUCCAGCAGGGUGACACGGGCAGCGUGGAGGGGGCUCCCCAGCCCACCGAGAACAGCUUCACCCCCAAGUGCGAAAUCACGGGCAAAGAUGCCCUCUCGGCGCUGGCCCGGGCCAGCAGCAAGCAGUGCCAACAGGAGAUCGCCAACGUGGUGUGUCUGCACCGGGCCGGCAGCCUCAUGCCCCAGUCUGUGCCCCGUCACUGCCAGCUCUCAGGCAAGGUCAGCCCCGUCAUCCAGUGGGACGAGAGCCGGCUGCAGCAGCCGCCCCCCAGCAAGCCUGUGCGCAUUGCCUACAUGCUGGUUGUGCACGGCAGAGCCAUUCGCCAGCUGAAGCGGCUCAUCAAGGCUGUGUACCACCAGCAGCACUUCUUCUACAUCCACGUGGACAAGCGCUCCAACUACCUCCACCGUGAGGUGGUGGAGCUGGCCCGGCACUACCCCAACAUCCGCGUGACACCCUGGCGCAUGGUGACCAUCUGGGGAGGUGCCAGCCUGCUGAAGAUGUACCUGCGUAGCAUGAAGGAUCUGCUGGAACUGGCCGAGUGGCCCUGGGACUUCUUCAUCAACCUGAGUGCCACUGACUAUCCCACAAGGACCAAUGAAGAGCUGGUGAUGUUCCUGUCUAAAUACCGAGAUAAGAACUUUCUGAAGUCUCAUGGCCGAGACAAUGCCAGGUUUAUCAAGAAGCAGGGCCUGGACCGCCUGUUCCACGAGUGCGACUCCCACAUGUGGCGGCUGGGUGAGCGACACAUCCCCGAGGGCAUUGUGGUGGACGGGGGCUCCGACUGGUUCUCGCUGACGCGCAGCUUCGUGGAGUACGUGGUCUAUGCCGAGGACCAACUGGUGUCCCAGCUGCGCCAGUUCUACACCUACACACUCCUGCCAGCUGAGUCCUUCUUCCACACGGUCCUGGAGAACAGUCGUGCCUGCGAGACGCUGGUUGAUAACAACCUCCGAGUGACCAACUGGAACCGCAAGCUGGGCUGUAAGUGCCAAUAUAAACACAUAGUCGACUGGUGCGGGUGCUCCCCAAAUGACUUCAAACCCCAGGACUUCCUCCGGCUACAGCAACUCUCCAGACCCACCUUCUUCGCCCGCAAGUUUGAGUCAACAGUGAAUCAGGAGGUGCUGGAGAUCCUGGACACGCACCUCUACGGCAGCUACCCCCCCAACACACCAGCCCUGAAGGCUUACUGGGAGAACGUCUAUGACCGCGUCGACGGGCUCAGCGGCCUCAGCGAUGUCACCCUCACCUUCUACACAGCCUUCUCCAGGCUGGGGCUCCACAAAGCUGCAUCCAUGCCAGCAGUGAAGGCUGACAAGCUCUGCAGAUUUGAGACCCGGGGCUUUCCAUCCAGUGUGCACUUAUAUUUCUAUGACGACCGUUUCCAGGGUUACCUGGUGAUGCAGGAAGUGCAGAAUUUGGCAACUGGGCAGGCAGAGGCCCUGGAGGUGUGGAUGAUGCCCCAAGGAGCUCUGAAGCUGGCGGGUCAUGGAGGCCAGGCAAACCGCUUACAGAACCUGGAGGUGGGCACGGAGUGGGACCCCAAGGAAAGGCUCUUCCGCAAUUUUGGAGGCUUGAUGGGGCCUUUUGACGAGCCAGUGGCCAUGCAGAAGUGGUCACGGGGACCCAACCUGACGGCCACAGUGGUGUGGAUCGAUCCCACCUACGUUAUCGCCGCCUCCUACGACAUCACGGUGGAUGCUGAGGCAGAGUUCACGCAGUACAAGCCCCCCCUCAAUCAUCCCUUGCGCCCCGGUGUCUGGACCAUUCGCCUCCUCCAGUUCUGGGAGCUCCUGGGGGAGAACCAAUUCCUGGUGGUGCCCCAGACCUUCAACCGCAAGCAGCCUCUCAGGAAAGAUGACAGCAACUGGCUGCAUGGCGGGCCCCCCCGCAACGAGUACAUGGAGCAGAGCUUCCAGGGGCUGGGGGGGAUCCUCAACCUGCCGCGUUCUGAUGAGGCAGAGGAGGACGCGGUGCGGAAGGCGCAGCUGACGGGCAAGGCGCUGGAGGACUGGGCGGAUGGUGUCAUCAGCGCUUUCUGGUCUGUGGCGGAUGUCUGCAUCAGCGGCCCCUCUGCCUGCACCUCCCUGGAGACCUGCAGCAAAACCUCCUGGAGCUCCCUCUCCCCGGACCCCAAAUCGGAACUGGGGCCCGUCAAACCUGACGGGCGGCUGAGGUAGCAGGAGCAGCCGGGGGGGCGGCUUGGGAGCGAGGAGCAUCCUCCGUCACUGGCAUGGGAGGUCUCUGGACUACAUCACCCCGUGCCGUUUGCACGUAGUCACUCGAGGAAGAGAGAAUGGGAACCUCUGGGUGGGAAAAAACCUCCUGGGGUAUUUUGGAUGGAAGGAGAGGUAUGAGGUCGGUCUUGCCCACCUCCCCCAGGAACGGGCCAGGGAGAGCGUGCCAGGGUGGCUGUCACCGUGGGGGCACGGGCGGUGCUGGCAGGAGCUGUGUGCUUGUUACUGCAGGUCUCGGAGCCUCGGGAAGGGGUGACAGGGAGGGAGUGCUGCCAGGUGGGCAGGCUGUGGACCAGCUCAGCAUCCUGCCCGGCCCUGGGCCGGAUCUCUGCAGAAUUAGGCCCUGUGCUGCUGGCUACUCCCCCAGGAGGGCUCACAAGGGACUCUGGGGACAGGCAGAAGCAGAGUGCGUCAAAGCCAGUCAUGUGCACAGAGCUGCUGCUGGCCCAGGGCUUGCAUCUCAUCCCCUCCACCCCAGCCCUUUAGUUUGUAUUUUUAUAAAUAUAUAUAGAAAUAUAUAUGAUGCAAAGUGCAAUAGAGACGAGACCCCGCAUUGGCCGGGAAGUCCUUGUGUCUCCAUCUCCCCUCAGACUGUAACAUACCUUGUUCUCUUGGGUGUCCUGGUGCCACAGGACAGGGUGCUGGGUCGUUUACAUAUUUUUUUAUUAUUAGUUUUAUUAUUAUUGUUUGGCUGUUUCCCCACUGCUGGGGACCCUGUGCCCCUCGGGCAGGGUUGGUUGUGGGGUGCUGCCUGCCCUCCCAGGCAGCUGCCCGACUGUGCCAAAUGUUUGGAGCUGCUGGUGUGUGUUGUGUGAUGGUGAGCGGCGGGAGCGCUCAGUUCAGCGGUCAGGUCCAACAAGCUGCUGUAGACCCUGCUGCCUCCGUCUCUGCUUCAGCAAAGGGACACCCUGGUCCCCUGCCAAAAUGUCAUCCUCGGGGCUGGCGUCCUGCUGCGAUGCGAUGGCAGUGUGCCGUGCCCGGAGGGUGGCCCUGUGCCAUGGCCCCUUGGCCCAGCCUUUUCUUUUCUCCUGCUUGGCAGAAGCUCUGGGGAAAUGCAGUGCUUCCCUGGCCAAAAUGCAAAGAGGUGAGACGAGGUCCAGCUGGUUCCAUCCGCUCUCCGCUGUGUCUGCUUCCCCCUCUUCUAGAGGGAAGAGUUGCCACCUCCUCUUGGGAAGGGGGGUGCAGAGGAGUGUCCCCCUUCCCUCCCAUCCUCUCAGGCUCGGGGACUGCCUGUGACGUUCCUUUCCAGGGCUCGCACUCCUGGUCUCCCUGGUUUAUGGUUACUGGCACUGCAAGAGGUUGUAAAACAAGGGCUGGAGACCUUGGUGUGUGCAGACAGGUACCUGCUGCCCCCCCAGCUAUCCCCCAUUCCCUUGGGGGUACUCCGGGGCCUGGCCCCGCUGCAGGGGAAGAUGCCAAAACUCUGUGUCGGAAGCGUUAUGUAAAGUUGUCUUAAAUAUGCAACAUCACCACAAAUAUAUCUAUAUCUCUA